AUGGAUGAUGGUGAAAUUAUUUCUCAUCAUGAAAAAGUGGAAAAGUACGAUGGUGAAGAGGCAAAGGACCAAGAUGCACUUUUACAAAAAGAAGAUAGCAACAUCACGGCGAAGCAUGUUGCUACUCCUUUUGAUUCAAGUGUUCACUUAUUUCCUGUUGAAAAUGAAAAUGAUGUAAUAAAUCAAAAGGAAUAUGGUAGCAUAAUCGGAAGUUUGAGAUAUGUGACUGAUUGCACAAGGCCUGAUAUUGCAUAUGCAGUAGGAGUACUUAGCAGGUUUACAAGCAAGCCAAAUUGGAACACGUUAUCAGGUGAUUCAUGUUCUAUCACUGGUUAUGUCUUUACUUUAGGUGGUGGUGCUGUUUGUUGGAGAUUAAAAAAGCAAACUAUAAUUGUUAACUCUACCAUGGAGGCUGAAUUAAUUGCUUUUAGCUUCAGCUACACCGCUGCAAUUGGUAGAGUUCAAAAUCGAUAUUACAAUGGUAAAUCCAGACCUAUAAGGAGAAAACACAGUAAUGUAAGAUCAUAUUUGACAAAUGGUACCAUUAAUGUUGAUUAUGUCAAAUCUUGUGAUAAUCUUGUAGAUCCUCUUACUAAGGCCUUAACAAGAGAAAAGAGCCAAAUUUUUUCACCAAUUGAGUAUCUUCCCGGUUGGCAGGGCCGCCUCCCGUUCCCUCUAGAGACCGGGUAUGUUGGAAUUGGUAAAGAUGAGGAGGUGCAACUUUUCUACUAUUUUUUGGAGUCAGAAUCAGAGCCUACUGCUGAUCCUCUUUUGGUUUGGCUAUCUGGUGGACCAGGUUGCUCUUCUGUCAUUGCCAUUGUUGAUGAGAUAGGACCAGUCCGUUUUGUGGAACAAGUCUACAAUGGGAGUAUGCCUUCGUUUGUACUAAACCCACAUGCAUGGACAAAGAUAGCAAAUGUAAUAUUUUUGGAUCAACCAGUAAACACUGGAUUCUCAUAUGCAACAAAUUCAGCUGCAUAUAAGUAUACUGAUGUGCAAGCAUGUGAAUAUGUAGAUGAAUUCUUAAGAAAGUGGCUCAGUGAUCAUCCACAAUUCAUCUCAAAUCCAUUUUAUGUUUCUGGAAAUUCAUAUGCUGGCAUGGAUAUUCCAAUUAUAACUCAGUUGAUAUCAAAUGGAAAUAUAGCAGGCAAAGAGCCAUUAGUUAAUCUUCAGGGAUAUUUAAUUGGCAAUGGUGUAACAAUUUAUCCUCAAGAUGAAAAUUACCAUAUAGUUUUUUGCCAUGGCAUGGGACUUAUAUCUGAUGAACUUUAUAAGUCAUUAGAGAAGAAUUGUAGAGGAGAAUACACAAGCAUACAUCCCAACAAUACAGGAUGUGCAAAUGACUUUCGAAAUUUCAAACAGAUGAUAAGAAACAUUAAUGUGGAACACGUAUUAAAGCCCUUUUGCACAAAUGAUGAUGAUCCUAAAGACAUAUAUCAAAUGACUGGUGAAAGAAGAUUACUUGAUGAUAAACUCAUCUCCUUGCAACGUGAAGAUAAGUGUGAUUCUGAUUGGCGUAAGCAUAUGAGGUAUUGGGCUAAUGACCCUGAAGUCCAAGAAGCUCUUCAUGUUCGGAAGGGAAUUAUAGAAAGCUGGAUAAAAUGUAGAAGAGAUAUAAGUGAAGGCCCUCAUCACAACUACACUUUGACGGUACAUAAUGUUGUACCAUAUCAUGCAAAUCUAAGCACUAAAGGCUAUCGAUCACUUAUAUACAAUGGAGAUCAUGAUUAUAUGGUACCUUUUCAAGACACACAAACAUGGAUAAAGUCUCUAAACUACUCUAUUGAUGAUGAUUGGCGUCAAUGGAACGUAAACAAUCAAGUUGCUGGUUAUACGAGAUCUUACUCCAACAAAAUGACUUACGCAACAGUGAAGGGAUCAGGACACACAGCUUGUACAGACAAACCUGAAGAAUGUUUUGUUAUGUUCAAAAGAUGGAUAAAUUAUGAUCCUUUAUAAAUAGUCCUCAACUUCAUCUAUAUAUCUUCUCUCUAUUUUAUUU